AUGUCUGCCAAGUUGGACAAGUCUCUCGACGAGAUUCUCGUCAGCCGCCGCCAGGGCGCUCGCCGUCGCGCUCGCCGUUCCGCACCCAAGGCUGCCAAUGCUCCUGUCCCGGUCGGAGGCGUGAAGAAGACGACCAAGGCUGCCAAGGCCCCCGGAAAGCCCGUUCAGAAUGGGCACCCAGGCUCAACCGAGAGCAAAAUCAUGGUCAGCGGCUUGCCUGCCGAUGUGAAUGAGGCCAACAUUAAGGAGUAUUUCACAAAGUCUGCAGGCCCUGUCAAGCGAGUUAUGCUCACCUACAAUCAAAACGGCACGAGCCGUGGUAUCGCGUCCAUCGUGUUCAGCAAGCCUGACACUGCUGCCAAGGCUGCUAAGGACCUGAAUGGACUGCUUGUUGACGGCAGACCCAUGAAGAUCGAGGUUGUCGUGGAUGCGUCGCACGCUCCUGAAGUCGCCGCCCCCAAGCCCCUUGGCGAGCGUGUUGCCCAAACCAAGCCCCAGCCCAAGCCGGCUACUGCUACGAAGGCCGCUGCCGGUGCCAAGGGUCGUAAGGCCCGUGCUCGUCGCCCCAACGGUCGUGCGAACCGCCCUAAGCCCAAGACGGUUGAGGAGCUGGACGCGGAAAUGGUCGACUACUUUGCUACUAACGAGAAUACCGGCUCUGCCGAUGCUAAUGCUCAAGCAAACGGUGCUGCCCCCCAGCAGCCCGCCAACGGCGGCGAAGACCUCGGGAUGGCCGAGAUUUCCUAAAUGCUCCAAGAUACCCUUGACUCAAUCGCACCGCGUGGGUCAAAUGUAUCGACUGCGAAGGGCCAGGCUUUGACCGGCCACUCGGCCAAUCUUUACGCGCUCAGGGUCUGCCGGCUGGAUUCGAGUUUGAAGCUUUCGUUAUAUCUUCUUCAUUGUUCUUCGGAUAUGUCUUUCUAGUGUGCUUUGUUUUAUUUUCCUUUUUUCUUUUUCCUUUAGUGCCGUUAGUGUUAUUGGGAUAUUUUCGCAGGGAAGGAGAAGGCCAUGUAUCUAAUACACUUGCUCAAUGAAUCAGUCAGCAAGCAUUGCAUCCCUGUAGUACUGU